CUGGCGCGCGUGCUUGCUGGUGCCGGUGAGUUGGGUGUCUCGCGCUCCGGGGCAGCGGCAGAAGCGGCGCAGCGGCGGAUCGAGCGGCACGGGCCCUGAAGGAUGUCGGCCUGGACUCAGCUGGGACUGUUGCUGUGGAAGAACUUCACCUACAGACGGAGACAGACCUUGCAGUUGUUGGUGGAGAUUCUGUGGCCGCUCUUCAUCUUCUUCAUCCUCAUCGCCGUCCGACUCAACUACCCCCCCUACGAGCAGCAUGAAUGUCACUUCCCGAACAAGGCGAUGCCGUCGGCGGGCACGUUGCCAUGGAUACAGGGGAUCCUGUGCAACGCCAACAACCCGUGCUUCAGGAGCCCCACGCCCGGAGAGAGUCCCGGGGUCGUCGGGAACUUCAACGACUCCAUAAUCUCUCGUCUUUUCUCCGACGCGAAGAAGAUCCUGCUCUACGGCCAGAACAACAAGAACCUGGAGGGCUUCAAGGAGCUCGCCGCUGCCCUCCGCGAGCUGCAGGAGAGCAGGACCGGGUUUCAUCUGAAGCACUUCCUGCAGGAGGACGAGACCAUGAGCCACUUCCUGAAGACCAACGCGUCCUUACCUCAGUCCAGCGUGGACCACAUCCUGUCUGCCCCGGUCAACCUCAACCAGGUCCUGGUGAAGGGUUUUGGGGUGCACCUCACUGACCUGUGCCCCUCCAAACCCGGGGGGCAGAACCUGAGCGACUACAUCACCAUCUCUGACCCCGACGUCCACUCUGAGCUCACGGAGAAGAUCUGCACGGCGCCGCCCUCCUGGCUGCAGGCGGCAGAGCAGCUCUUCCUACAGAACCUCGACUUCUUCAAACCCGUCAAGCACAGAGACAUGACCUCUGACCCCGAGGCGGUCAAAAGGGUCGCCGAGGCAACCAACGGCCUGCUGGACACCAUGGGCCUGCUGGCGGUGGAGCUGGCAGGGAUGAAGUCCUGGUUGGACCUGAGGAAUGAGAUCGUGUUCCUGACGCACAACGCCACGUCCUCGCCCAGCGUCCUUUACUCCGCCGUGUCCCGGAUCGUCUGCGGACAUCCAGAGGGAGGAGGUCUGCAGAUCAAGAGUCUCAACUGGUACGAAGACAGUAACUACAAGGCCCUGUUCGGAAACAGCAACUCCAGCGACGAGCAGCCGCACCAGCUCUACGACAACUCCUCCACCCCGUACUGUAACAGCCUGGUGCAGAACCUGGACUCCAACCCCAUGUCCCGGAUGAUCUGGACGGCCAUCAAACCCCUGCUGCUCGGCCAGAUCCUCUACACCCCCCACACCCCGCUGACGCAGAAGAUCAUCCACCAGGUGAACCGGACCUUCCAGGAGCUCGGGGUCUUCAGGGACCUGGGGGGAAUGUGGGACGAGAUGAGGCCCAAAGUUUGGAAUUUCAUGGAGAACAGCGAGCAGAUGAACCUCUUCAGGAGUCUGCUGCGUAACAACGUGACGGCUCGGUAUUUCGGGGCGCAGUUGGCCGACACCGACUGGACGGUGGAAGACGUGAGUCGGUUCUUGGCCAAAAAGGAAGAGUCCACAGGGGGCGCUCUGACCUGGAGAGACGUGUUCAACGAGACGGACCAGGCCAUCGCCAGCAUCUCCCGCUUCAUGGAGUGUGUGAACCUGGACAAGCUCCAGCCCGUGUCCACAGAGGAGCUCCUGGUGAACCGCUCCAUGGUUCUUCUGGAGGACCGGAAGUUCUGGGCCGGGAUCGUGUUCAACCUCCCGGCGAACGCCUCCGAGCUCCCCCCACACGUGGACUACAAGAUCCGCAUGGACAUCGACAACGUGGAGAGGACCAACAAGAUCAAGGACGCAUACUGGGACCCCGGCCCUCGUGCGGACCCCUUUGAGGACAUGAGGUACAUCUGGGGAGGGUUCACGUACCUCCAGGACGUUAUUGAGCAAGGCAUUGUCCGCGCCAUGACCGGCACCAAGGAGAAGACCGGAGUUUACAUACAACAGAUGCCCUACCCCUGCUACGUGGACGACAUUUUCCUGCGCGUCAUGUCCCGCUCCAUGCCGCUCUUCAUGACCCUGGCGUGGAUGUACUCUGUGGCCAUCAUCCUGAAGAGUGUGGUGUACGAGAAGGAGGCCCGUCUGAAGGAGACCAUGCGCAUCAUGGGCCUGAACAACGGGAUGCUGUGGUUCAGUUGGUUCAUCAGCAGCCUGGUGCCUCUGCUGGUGAGCGCGGGGCUGCUCGUGCUGCUGCUCAAGAUGGGUAACCUGCUGCCGUACUCGGACCCGGGCGUGGUCUUCCUGUUCCUGGGCUCUUACGCCGUGGUGACCAUCAUGCAGUGCUUCCUCCUCAGUACGGCCUUCGCCAGAGCCAACCUGGCGGCGGCCUGUGGAGGCAUCAUCUACUUCACCCUGUACCUGCCCUACGUCCUGUGUGUGGCCUGGUCAGACUACAUCGGCUUCGGGGCUAAAGUCUUCGCCUCCCUGCUGUCCCCCGUGGCCUUCGGGUUUGGCUGUGAGUACUUUGCGCUGUUUGAGGAGCAGGGCGUGGGCAUCCAGUGGUCCAACCUCCUGAGCAGCCCCCUGGAGGAGGACGACUUCAGCCUGAGGACCACCAUCGGCAUGAUGUACGUGGACGCGGUGCUCUACGGCGCCCUCACCUGGUACCUGGAGGCCGUCUUCCCAGGUCAGUACGGGAUCCCGCGGCCCUGGUUCUUCCCCUUCACCAAGUCCUACUGGUUUGGAGAGAAGGACGGAGGCACCAAGAUCCCCCUGAACCGGAGGAGGAACCCGGGAGUGAUCGUGAUGGAGGAGGAGCCUGCUCACCUGGAUCCUGGCGUUUACAUCGAGGACCUGGUGAAGGUUUACAGACACGGGAACAAACUGGCCGUGGACGGACUCACGCUCGGAUUCUACGAAGGACAGAUCACGUCCUUCUUAGGACACAACGGAGCCGGCAAGACCACCACCAUGUCGAUCCUGACAGGCCUGUUCCCGCCCACCUCUGGGACGGCCUACAUCCUGGGCAGAGACAUCAGGUCCGACCUGAGUGCCAUCCGCCAGAGCCUGGGAGUCUGCCCCCAACACAACGUCCUCUUCAGCAUGCUGACGGUGGAGGAGCACAUCUGGUUCUACGCUCGUCUCAAAGGCCUGUCCGAGGUCCAGGUCCGGUCUGAGAUGGAGCAGAUCCUGCGGGACACGGGUCUUCCUCACAAGCGCUCGGCCCGGACCAGCGCCCUCUCCGGGGGCAUGCAGAGGAAGCUCAGCGUGGCCCUGGCCUUCGUGGGCGGAGCCAAAGUGGUCAUCCUGGACGAGCCCACCGCCGGCGUCGACCCCUUCGCCCGCCGAGGAAUCUGGGACCUGCUCCUCAAGUACCGCAUCGGUCGGACCAUCAUCCUGUCGACGCACCACAUGGAUGAGGCGGACAUCUUGGGAGACAGGAUCGCCAUCAUCUCCCACGGGAAACUCUGCUGCGUCGGCUCCUCCCUGUUUUUAAAGACUCACCUGGGCACCGGGUACUACCUGACCCUGGUCAAGAAGGAACCUGAACCCUCCAUGUCCUCGUGCAGGAACUCCUCCUCCACCGUCUCCGACUGCAAGAAGGAUGAAGAUGGAGCGUCUGUCAGUUCCAGUGACGCUGGUCUGGGAUCAGAACACGAGAGUGAAGCCGCCACCAUCGACCCUCCGAGCAGUAGUGUGGGCAGAGCCUCCACAGACGCUCCUCCAGAUCACCCCCUGGUCCCGGCGAACAUAGCCCAGGUUUCAGCUCUGGUCCUGGGUCACAUCCCGGGGGCUCGUCUGGUGGAGGACCUGGGCCACGAGCUCACCUACGUCCUGCCGUACUCCGCCGCCAAGGACGGGGCCUUCGUGGACCUGUUCAGGGCCCUGGACCAGAACCUGCACCACCUGGGCAUCUCCAGCUACGGCGUGUCUGACACCAGCCUGGAGGAGAUUUUCCUGAAAGUGGCCGAGGACAAUGGAGUGGACACGGAGGUUCCUUCAGAUGGGACUCUUCCCGUGCGGAGGAGGAGGAGGACUCACGCUUUUGGAGGAGGAGACCAUCAGAGCUGCCUCAAGCCCCUGACCGAGGACGACCUGCAGGGCAACGAGUCCGAGGGAGACCCAGCGGAGGACUCUGAUUGGCUGAACUGCACGGACGGGAAAGGCUCGUACUCGGUGACCGGCUGGGCUCUGAGGAGGCAGCAGUUCGUGGCGCUGAUGUGGAAGCGUUUCCUGUACGCGCGGCGCUCACGCAAAGGAUUCUUCGCUCAGAUCGUGCUGCCGGCCGUGUUCGUGUGCAUCGCUCUGAUCUUCAGCCUCAUCGUCCCGCCCUUCGGAAAGUAUCCCAGUCUGGAGCUGCAGCCCUGGAUGUACCAGGACCAGGUCACCUUCAUCAGCGACGAUGCUCCUGGAGAUACCAACAUGCAGAAGCUCCUCGGCGCUCUCCUGGACGACCCGGGCUUUGGAACGCGCUGCAUGAAAGGCUACUCCAUACCAGAUGCUCCCUGCACCAUGGGCGACGAGGACUGGUCCACCCUCCCCGUGCCCGAGGACCUGCUGGAGCUCUUCUCCUCCGGGAACUGGUCCAUGAGCGAUCCUUCUCCCGCCUGUUACUGCAGCUGCGACGGAAACAUGAGGAUGCUGCCGGAGUGUCCCCCUGGAGCUGGAGGCCUGCCCCCCCCUCAGAUGAUGCUGAGCGCCACGGACACUCUGCAGAACCUCACCUCCAGGAACAUCUCAGACUACCUGGUCAAGACCUACGCCCAGAUCAUCGGCAAGAGUCUCAAGAACAAAGUGUGGGUCAAUGAGUUCAGGUACGGUGGAUUCUCAUUGGGCGCUCGCAGCACUCAGGUCCUGCCUCCGGCCAAUGAGAUCGACGACGCCAUCGAGAGAGUCCGGAAGAUCUUUGAACUGGAGAAGGGGGCAGCAGCGGAUCGCUUCCUGGACAAUCUCUCAGGGUUCAUCAACGGCCUGGACACCAAGAACAACGUCAAGAUCUGGUUCAAUAACAAAGGCUGGCACAGUGUGGGCGCCUUCCUCAACGUCAUGAACAACGCCAUCCUGCGCGCAGCACUGCCCCCAGAGGCCGACCCCACUCACUACGGCAUCACCGCCUUCAACCACCCGCUCAACCUGACCAAGGAGCAGCUCUCACAAGUCGCUCUCGUGACGACCUCUGUGGACGUCCUGGUGUCCAUCUGCGUGAUCUUCGCCAUGUCCUUCGUCCCCGCCAGCUUCGUGGUCUUCCUCAUCCAGGAGCGCGUGUCCAAAGCCAAACACAUGCAGUUCAUCAGCGGAGUGCACCCCCUGCUGUACUGGGUGGCCAACUUCAUCUGGGACAUGUGUAAUUACGUGGUGCCUGCGACCCUCGUCAUCCUCAUCUUCGUCUGCUUCCAACAAAAGGCCUACGUGUCGUCCACAAACCUGCCUGUGCUCGCCCUGUUACUACUGCUCUACGGCUGGUCCAUCACGCCCCUCAUGUACCCGGCCUCGUUCUUCUUCACCAUCCCGUCCACGGCCUACGUGGUCCUCACCAGCGCCAACAUCCUGAUCGGCAUCAACGGGAGCAUCUCCACCUUCGUCAUGGAGCUGUUCGGGAACAACGAGAUCGGGGGCAUUAACGACAUCCUGAAGAACGUUCUGCUGAUCUUCCCUCACUUCUGUUUGGGCCGAGGACUCAUCGACAUGGUGAAGAACCAGGCCAUGGCCGACGCGCUGGAGAGGUUUGGGGAGAACCGUCUGCGCUCCCCUCUGGAGUGGGACAUGGUCGGGAAGAACUUGUUUGCGAUGGCGGUGGAGGGCGUGGUCUUCUUCAUCAUCACCGUCCUCAUCCAGUAUCGCUUCUGCAUCAAACCCAGACCCACCAGCUCCCUGCACAAGCUGAGUCCUCUGGGGGACGAGGACGAGGACGUGGCCAAAGAGCGACAGAGGAUCGUCCACGGUCUGGGACACGGAGACAUCCUGGAGCUACGCGAACUCACCAAGGUGUUCAAGGCGAAGCAGAAGCCCGCCGUGGACCGCCUCUGUGUGGGCAUCCCUCCCGGAGAAUGUUUUGGUCUGCUGGGAGUAAACGGAGCCGGGAAAACCACCACCUUCAAAAUGCUGACGGGCGACACUGUGGUGACCAGCGGAGAGGCCUUCCUCAACGGCAAGAGUAUUCUUCGUGAGAUCGACGAGGUUCAUCAGAACAUGGGAUACUGUCCACAGUUCGACGCCGUCAACGAGCUCCUGACGGGACGAGAACAUCUGGAGCUGUACGCCGUCCUCAGGGGCGUCCCCGAGGAGCAGGUCUGCGACGUUGCAGAGUGGGGGAUCCGGAAGCUCGGUCUGGUGAAAUACGCUGAUAAAAAGGCGGGAAGUUACAGCGGAGGAAACCUGAGGAAACUUUCCACGGCCAUGUCCCUGAUCGGAGCGCCCCCUGUGGUUUUCCUGGACGAGCCCACUACAGGCAUGGACCCCAAAGCCCGCCGCGCCCUCUGGACCUGCAUCCACGGACUCAUCAAGACCGGACGCUCCAUCGUGCUCACGUCACACAGUAUGGAGGAGUGUGAGGCUCUGUGCACCAGGAUGGCCAUCAUGGUGAACGGGAGGUUCCGCUGCCUGGGGAGUGUACAGCACCUGAAGAACAGGUUUGGAGACGGUUACACCAUCGUGCUGCGUGUGGCCGGUCCGGAUCCAGACCUGGUCCCGGUGCAGAAGUUCAUCGAGGCGUCUCUUCGCGGCAGCAUCCUGAAAGAGAAGCACCGAAACAUGCUCCAGUACCAGCUGCCCUCGCGCCUCACCUCCCUCGCCCACAUCUUCAACACGCUCGCCCUGCACAAGAGCCGACUCAGCAUCGAGGACUACUCUGUGACCCAGACCACGCUAGACCAGGUCUUCGUGAACUUUGCCAAAGACCAGAGCGACGACUAUCACUCCAAAGACGCCUCGGUGCGACGCAAAGACCCGCCCUUAACAGUCACCGUCGACCUAUCACAGGACGAGGAGACGGUCAUGUGACACUCCUCGUCCCCCCCCCCCCCCCCCCGGACUCUAAGCCCCGCCCCCUGGACUCUAAGCCCCGCCCGUCCUUCCUUAAACCCCGCCCCUUUGAGCCAGUCAAUGCAAAAAACAAAGACAUUUCUACAAAGUGUUAAAACUUGAACGACUGCUGCCUUGGAUGGAGGAUUCGACUUCAUCUCCGAGUUUUGUUUUGUCCGAAUCAUUUCAGAAAUUUUACUGGAAAAGCCAAUUUUUUAGAGGAAUGUUUGAUUAUGUUUUUUAAAAUGUUGUUAUUUAUGUCAAAUCCAAACUUUUGCCGAUGUGAUAUUGGCAAGUUACAAGGUUUAUUUUGGGUCUGUGCUCUGAAGGAGGCGAGAGAAGGAGCUAGGAGACGAGUUAAGGUUCCUACUUCCUUUUUAUGUCAGUAUUGUAUUUUUAAACACUUUUUAAAGAACCCAUAUUACGCUAUUUUCUAUGUUAUUAUGUUGUUUCCUCGUCACAAACAGACCUGGAGUUGUGUUUUGUUUCAUUCACACAUGUUUAACACACAGUCCUGAUAAUACAGGAAGUGCACCAUUUGCAUUUUUUAAUUUUCUCCCAAAUUAAAGAGUGAAAGGAAGGAAAUAACUUGAAAUCUACGGAGCCCCUCUGAUGACAUGUGCGAAAAAAUAUACUAAAUUGUAGCCUCAAAUUACUGUUUUGUUCCCACAGUAUGUAAUUCGUUUACACGGUUUCCCACAGUCAUGGAAAUCCUGGAAAAGUCAUGGAAAUUGAAAAUGUAAUUUUUCAGGCCUGGAAAAGUCAUGGAAUUUCUUAAACUCAAUGAAAGUUUUGGAAAAGUUAUGGAGUUUUAGUAUGUCUUUCAUCCAACUACAGCGUUCUGUUAAGUUCUCAUUAGACUAUUAUGAUUAUUUCUGAUCCUUUGCGCCUUUAGUUUAAAAAAGAGACGACAAUAAAUGCACUGACAGUAUUUUGAAUGUUAAAAACUAUAAUAUCAAACCAUAAGGUGAGUGGAAAGAGUUAACAUUUCAUAUUUAGCCCUAAAAGUCUGAUCAGUUCUACACAUGUAGGUGCUGUAAAGUCAUGGAAAAUUCACUUUAGGUCAUGAAAAAGUCAUGGAAAUGUUUUGAAAUUUUAUCAGUGAAAAAGAGUGGGAAUCCUGUAACUUGUUCCCACGUUUUAUCCAAUUCGUACACAUUAUUACACUGAUCCAGGAUUUUAUAUAGGCUUACAUGUACAUAAGCAUACAUUUUAAUAGCAAACAUCAAAAUGGUAAAAAAAACAAAAAACAUAAAUUAACAUAUAUUUUAAUGUUAUUUGUCUCUGCCGAAGUCUAGAGCUUCUAUGCUGGAAGUUCUUGUUAAAUGAACGUAAAUCUGAUAUCACAAUAUCGCUCUGUUUUUUGUUUAAUCGGUAAUUGCCAAUUUCUUAAUUUGUGGGUAAAAAUGGGCUAAAGUAUAUAAUGGCAUAAUGUAGCUAAAACGUGGGAACAAGGGGGUCAGACCUUUGUUCCCUUAUUUCUAGAUUUUUCUUAUUUUUAAGAUUUCUCUCAAAAUUAAACUCAAGUCAUUUUUAUUUUUAUACCACAUUUAAAGGGAUGAUUUAGAGUCAUUUCAACCAAUGAUCCUUUGCUGCUGGAGAAUAAGUCGGGUGUAACUGACGACCAAAUUGAGAGAAAUUGGGAUAAAAUCUGAUUCAAAUUGUGGGAACAUAGGGCCUAAUUUUGGAAAGAAAAAAAAAAAAAACACCUUAGAAAUGAGGGAACAUAGGGCUUUGGGAACAUAGGCACACUCCUGGAACAAGUUGGCUAAAACGUGGGAACAAAUUCCAUAUUGUGGGAACGAAAUAAUAAUUUGAGGCCACGAUUUAGUAUCUUUUUUCACUCGCGUCAUCAGUCGGGCUCCGUAAAAAUUGCUACAUGACAUCGCAAGGUGGAACAGAGCAUUUUGAGCUUUGGAGAUGUGGACUUAUUAUAAAGGCUUACUCAAACGUGUGAAUGAAACAAAACUCUGGUGUUUUUUGUGUUUUUUUGAGGAGGUGACAACAUUAUAAUAAGACUAAAAGCUCAAAGGAGUAAUUUUUGUGUAAUAUUGGACCUUUAAGGCACUGGAUCGGCCAUUUUACUAAAACGAUUAUGCACUGAAGUGAGGAGGUUACUAGAUGCUCUCCGUAAAUGCACACGAAUGACUCAAGGAAAUAUCUGAUUGUUCUGUUUUAAGUAUUUCUAGUGUUUAAAUAUUCUAUUACAUUUUAUUUUUUUCUGUUGUUCCCUAGUCUGUUUCAAGACUAGUUUAAAACAUGACAAAAUUUUCAUUGUUUUUAAUCAAAAUUUUUAUCUUUGAAAUUUUAAAGAGGGGUUAUUUUAUUUUGCAAAAUUGCUUAUUUAUUAUGCUUUUUUUUUUGGUAACCCUCACAAAAAUCACGCCUGAAGAGGUUUUUAAUGUCAUCCAUGCAUGUUUCAGUAAUUUAGUGAUCUCUCAGGCUGAUCAGCUGUAAAAUUAUGUGUAAGACUUUUCUUCAAAACGUUUCUUUUUCACAAAUUGUCUCGGAUUUAAAAGAAAAAAUAAUAAUAAUUUGAAGAUAUGGGAGCAUCUAGUGGACAAGGAAGCACAUAAGGAAGGAAGCGUCCCACAAAGGAAGCAUGUAAAGGCCUUAGGAAACGAGGGGGGAGGACAGAGCACUUCAGAGUACAGACCCGUGUCCAAUCAAGAAGAAGUUGAUUUUGUAGUUUUUUAAAGUGUAAAAAAUAAAUACCUCGAACCAGU